UAGUCGUUGUCGUACAUGGCGGAAGUUUUAUAACAACAGCUGUGUGUACUGUCUGUGAAUGAAAUAAUGACCUGCUGUGUAUUUGUAUUCAUGCAUGUAAGACUAUAAUCUUCAGAUUCACAGCAAAAUGGUGAACCUCGGUCUGACCAGAGUGGACGAUGCGGUGGCGGCAAAACACCCCGGUCUUCAGAGUUACGCAGCCUGUCAGUCUCAUGCUUUUAUGAAGGGGACUGGGACUUUUAUACUGGGUGCUGCUGGCCUGUUUGUUCUUCAGAAGGCACUGCAGAGGAAGCUUCCUUAUCCUCUUCAGUGGAACCUGCUCAUUUCUAUAGUGGGGUCGUCGUUGGGGAGUUACUCAGUCACACGGUGGGAAACGCAGAAAUGCUCAGAUCUGUGGUUGCUACUUGAAACGGGCAAAGUCCCAGACAGGUCACCACCACCACCACCGCAAGGUCCUAAACCAGAGGAGUCGGCAGGAAGUGGGAAGACGAAGUACGGCGAUGUGAUGGAAUAAACAUACACUGAAUGUGUGUAAUGGUGUAAAAAGGAAUAUGACUUCUGAAGACACUGCUGAAUCCAGUUCUCUUUUACUUAUAUUUUUCAUUCAAAUGAAGUGUGUGUGUGUGUUUAUCACAUUCAUGCAGCUUUUGAAUUUCAUAACAGCAUUAAUAUUUGGAUAAACAGACUCAGAGGUCAGGAUUUAGUUUGGGUUUUUAGGAGGAAUCAGAUGUUAAGCUUGUGAUCUGGUGGUGUUAUUUGGAUGUGGUUGACAUGCAACAUACCAUGCACUGCCAACAACAGCCACUAGUUAUCACUGGAGACACUUCACAUGUGUUUGAGUCUCCUCAUGACUACAACAUAAAUACACAUAUUUAUAUUUAUAAUGACUUUUGUGUUUGACCACAAGGAUCAAGUCACUGUGGAAUGAGUCCCUUUAAAAAUCAUGUUAAUUUUAAAAUAAAUGCUCAGGUCUGCAGUGAAA